AUGAGUGCGACCGCGCAGUUUGAGAGCAUCUACCACGGGCUCAGCCCAACCCCAGGCAAGCUCCGCAUCGCACCGUCGGGUCUCGGAUGGAAGAGCAGCGACGAGAACGAGAGCGUCGUGACGGUGCCCGGCGCCGAGAUCAAGUGGAUCCAGUGGAUCCGCGUCGCGAGGAACUACCAGAUGCGCAUCGGGACCCAGAAGAAGCGCACGACGUUCGACGGCUUCCUCAAGGAGGACUUUGAGCGUCUCUCCAACCUCUGCAAACAGGCGAGUCCGCACGAAUGGUCUUACUACAACAUCACGAUCGAGACGAAGGACAUCAGCGUGAGGGGGUGGAAUUGGGGAGUUGCCGAGGUGCAGGCCGACGACCUCGCCUUCCUCGUCGCGGGCAAGCCCUCUUUCACGAUUCCCCUCAACGUCGUCCAAAACACCUCGAUCACGAAAGCCGAAGUCGCACUCGAGUUUGGCUCGUCCCUCCCGCCUCCUCCCGCGGGCGACGCCGAAGACCCCGUGGCGAAGAAGAAGCGGUUGCGUGCGAUGCCGGACGAGGUGAGCGAAAUGAGGCUCUACAUCCCUGGUUCGGCGCGCGGUAUGAAGAAGAAGGGUGACAAGGCGAAGGCGAAGGCCGAGGGAGACGUCAAGGGUGAGGACGAGAGCGAGGAGGAGGAUGAGGAUGAGGAGGACGAGGAGGGUGAGGCGGCGGCGCAGGCGUUCCACGAUGCGGUCAAGGAGAAGGCAGCGAUUGGACUCAUUGCGGGCGAGACGAUUUGCACGUUGCCCGAGGUGUUGUGCACGACGCCUCGUGGGCGAUUCGACAUCGACAUCUACGCCGACUUCAUGCGCCUGCGCGGCAAGACGUACGACUACCGCGUCACGUACCAGCAAGUGCAGCGCCUCUUCCUCCUUCCCAAACCCGACGACAUCCACUCCCAGCUCGUCGUCAAUAUCGACCCGCCUAUCAGGCAGGGACAGACGAGGUACCCGUACCUCGUCAUGCAGUUCAACAAGGACGAGGUCAUGGAGCUGGAACUCAACCUCGACGAGGAGACAAUUCGCGACAAGUACGACGGCAACCUGAAGCAGAAGUACGACGAACGGGGCUACGAGGUCGUCUCGCUCCUCUUCCGCGUCAUGACGCAGAAAAAGGUCGUCACGCCCGGGUCCUUCCAGUCACACGACGGCCAGGCUGCGGUCAAGUGCAACCUCAAGGCGAACGAGGGCCAGCUGUACUUCCUCGAGAAGCAGCUCUUGUUCAUCUCGAAGCAGCCGACGCUCGUCUCGUUCAACGAAAUCUCGGCUGUCGUCCUCGCUCGCGUCGGCGGCGCCCUUCCCUCUGCACGUACUUUCGACCUCGCGAUCCGCCUCAAGGACUCGUCGACAGGUGGCCCGCUCGUCUUCUCGGCUCUCUCGAAGGAAGAGCUCACCAACAUCACCGACUUCCUCUCGAUGAAGAAGAUCAAGGUCAAGAACGAGAUGGAGGAGCUCGCGGCCGCUGAGGCGCAGGCGCUUGGAGCGGCGGACUUGAGCAGCGACGACGAUGCGAUGAGUGUCGACGACGACAGCGACGACGGGGGCAGGAGGAGGGCAAAGCCUGCGGCGGGCGGGAUGGCUGCAGACGACGACGAGGACUCGGAAGUUGACGAGGACUUCCAGGCGGACUCGGAGUCGGAUGGCGGCUCGGCUUCUUCCGACUCGGAAGACGACGACAACGCCAGCUUUGCGAGCGGAGACGCCAUGUCGGAGGACGAGAAGCCCAAGAAGAAGAAGCAGAAGACCAAGUAG